GUGAGCGGAGGGUUUGUGCUGAGGUUGAACCGCCUGACUGACGGAGCUCAGCAAUUGGCGGGAGGGGAGGCGUUAACUCGAGGGAGGAGAAACGACCCCUGAGCGACAGCACCCGCCGCGCCACCAGGACUCUAUCCUCCCCCAAGGCUAAACAAGGGAGGCUGAGACCUGACGUUGCGUAAAGCCCGCUCGACCCGGAAACAAACCUUUUAAAAACCCACUCUCUCAGGGGCGGGAGGAAUCGACGCGUCCGGAAGAGCGGACAGCUUCACCGUUGCUAGGCGACAAGUCAGGCGCACCUGAGCGCUCUAGGGACCAAGACCCAGUGGAGCUGCGACCCCACUCUGGAGGCAGGAUAGAGAUUCCUUUGCCAUCAGAUGUCUUUCUGCUUGACUGAGCUACACCUGUGGUCUCUGCAGAGUACCUUACACAUUGCAGAUAGAGACAUCGGCGUCUACCAGUACUAUGACAAGAAAGAUCCACCAGUGUCAGCAACAGAGCAUGGUAACUUAGAAGAAAAACAAAGGCUGGCAGAGUCACGAGAUUAUCCUUGGACACUCAAAAAUAGACGCCCGGAAAAACUUCGAGACACACUGAAAGAAUUGGAGGAACUGAUGCAAAACAGUCCGUGUGUGCUGAGCAAAUGGAAGAGCAGAUACAUCUGUCAGCUCCUCUUUGGUUCAGGUGUGUUGGUGUCCCUAAGCCUUUCUGGGCCUCAGCUGGAGAAAGUGGUGAUUGACAGAAGCCUGGUGGGGAAGCUCAUCUCAGACACCAUCAGUGAUGCUCUUCUUACAGACAGUUUCAUCAUCUUAUCAUUUUUGGCACAAAACAAACUAUGUUUUAUUCAGUUUACAAAGAAGAUGGAUUCUCUUGAUGUAAACAAGAGAUUGGAAAAACUCUCAGCGUUGGAUUAUAAGAUUUCCUAUUAUGACAUACCUGGCCCAGCAAACAGGACACUAGAGCGUCGUUUAGCUAUCAAUUCCAUUCAGGAUGUAGUUGUUUGCUGGUGGCCGCUGGUCAGUGAUGGCGCUUGGCCUUGGACUCCAAUCUCUUCUGAGAAGGACAGAGCCAAUCUCCUGCUCCUGGGUUUUAUUCAAGGAGGACUGCAGGUUCUGAGUUCUGUUCGCACAGAAUGGAAUCCUCUGGACGUUCACUUUGGCACCAAACAGCCUUAUCAGGUGUUCACAGUGGAAUGCUCCAUUGGUGUAGACAAAGAGCCCAUGGCUGACAGCUGUAUCUAUGAAUGUGUCCGGAACAAACUCCAUUGCGUGUCAGUUACCAGAAUUCCACUAAAAUCAAAGGCUAUCAGCUGUUGCAAGACUUCUACUGAGGACAAAUUGAUUGUGGGCUGUGAAGACUCUUCAGUAAUUCUCUAUGAAGCUCACCGUGGAGUGACUCUCUUGGCCCAGGCUGAACUUUUGCCUUCAUUAAUAAGCUGCCACCCAAGUGGUGCCAUUCUGCUAGUUGGCAGCAACCAAGGGGAACUGCAAAUUUUUGACAUUGCUCUAGCCCCUAUUAACAUCCAGCUCUUGGCUGAAGAUCGCUUACCCAGGGAGACUCUGCAAUUCAAUAAAUUCUUUGAUGUUUCAAGCAGUCUUGUUCAAAUGCAGUGGAUAGCUCCUCCUGUUGUUUCCCAGAAGUCUGAAAGAGGAGAAAUCUGUGAUCUCCUCUUCCUCAGGUUCAACAGAGGACCUGUGGGUGUGCUGUUGUUUAAACUUGGUGUCCUCACUCGAGGACAGCUUGGCUUGGUAGACCUCAUCCUCCAGUACGUUUGCUCUGAUGAGAUGAAUGAGGCCAUAAACAUCCUGAGCAGCAUGAACUGGGACACCAUGGGCCAGCAGUGCUUCGUCAGCAUGAGCACCAUCAUGAACCAUCUUCUCCGACAAAGGCUCACUCCAGAGAGAGAAGCACAGCUUGAGACAAGCCUUGGAACCUUCUAUGCUCCAACAAGACCACUUCUGGAUACAACUAUUUUGGAGUACAGAGACCAGAUCAGCAAGUAUGCUAGGAGAUUCUUCCACCACUUGCUCAGGUACCAGAGAUUUGAAAAGGCCUUUCUCUUAGCUGUUGACAUUGGUGCUCGUGACCUGUUUAUGGAUAUUCACUACCUUGCCCUGGAUGUGGGUGAGCUGGCGCUGGCUGGAGUGGCAAGAAGAAGAGCAUGUGACAUUGACGGCAUGUCGGCGUCUUCUGAAGUUGAAUUCCUGGGGCCCUUGGAUGGAAGAGACAUGCUAAAUGAAGCUUUUGCUGGCCUGGCUUUGACACCUGAAGGAGAGAGCACAGUUCCAGAUCUUCCUACCAUUGGUUCCACACACAGACAUGCUAUUCAUCAGGAAAUACCGAAUGGCCCUUCUAACAGACAGGCAAUCAAGAGAAGGAAUGAACAGGAGGGGACCACCCGCCCUGACCCUGCGGCGACCACUGCCUCAGAUGCAGAAGGAGGACUGAAAGAAGACUACAGGGAACAGGACAUUGGAGAUGUUGGUUCUCUCAGAAUGGUUCAUUUUGGUUUGGUGUAAAUCACUAGAAACUCCAAAAAGAAACCUGCCUUUUUAAUAUCUUUUAUAUUGCCCUAAUUCAAUACAAAUCUCCAUGUAUGGAUUUUAAUAGAAGGAAAGCUGGUACAUGCAGCACAGCAUAACAAUAGCAAAGUUACCCUAAAUAAAAGUCCUCAACCACUUA